UUUGAAAACGAAACUAAAAAUUAAAUUUUAAGAUUGUUUUCAGAAAAUAGUUUAUCAAUUUUGGAAUUUCCAAUAGUAUUCAGAAGAGGAAAGGAAAGGAAGUUCUAUGACAAUAAGAAGUGUGAAGGUAUCGACAUCAACACUUUAUAUGUUACAUCUAACCUAUAUGUUGCACUUUAUCAAAAAAACACAAGAUGCCGGAGCUUCUUCAAAAAUCUUACAAAAAGCAGCUGGUCACAUGGAUCGGUAAGCCCUGUCACUUCCGGUUAUUGUACAAAAUCAGCAGGGACGGAUGCUCCGCCCCGACGUUUCACCAGAAGUGUGACGGUCAGGGCGCCACGGUAACAGUCCUGUACAACACAAACAAAACUAUCUACGGCGGCUACCUGUCACAGAGCUGGGACUCUGAUGGUGAAUACAUUGAUGAUUCGGACGCCUUCUUGUUCCGUUUGCAGUAUAAUGGGUCAUCUAAUCCAUUAAAGUUUCCGGUAAUCCAAACAGACAAUGCUGGAUAUGGAAACAACGGUUAUGGCCCAACCUUUGGCGGUGGGCAUGAUAUUCAAACAUUCAGCGGAACAAUAUCCAAUUCGGGGAGAUGUUUUUCUCUGAACGGUUACUUCGGUCUUGGAAGCAGUUACAACCUCAAUGGACAGAACGAACAGACCAUAACGAACAACAGUCUUCAAGUCACAGACUUGGAAGUUUAUAGAGUCAUAGAUGGGCCAGGUAAAAAAAUCCCAGACAAGCCCUGGAGAGAACACGAUGCAUGGACAACCGAAACAGUGCAAGCACAAAAGAAGUCCUUGCUUGCCUACAAACCUCUGACGGAAACAAACGUAGGUGCUGCAAAUAUCCUUUUGAUUGGUCAGAUAGGCGCAGGAAAAUCCAGCUUCUUCAACUCUGUCAACUCAAUAUUCCGCGGGAAAAUCUCCAGCAAAGCUUGUAGUGGGAGCUUCGAACACAGUGUGACAACCAUGUACCGACAGUACAAAGUAAAGGAUUUUUCCAAUGGAAAGUUUCUUAACUUUCGUUUGUGUGACACUCGAGGUUUUGAGGAAGAAUUUGCUCUGGAUGCACAGGAAAUUUCUUUCAUUUUGGAUGGAAACAUUCCUGAUCGGUACCAGUUUAACCCUUUGGUUCCUUUCACACCGGAUACCCCUGGGUAUAUUAAAGACCCAAAUCUUAAAGACAAAAUUCACUGCGUGGCAUUUGUCAUAGAUGGCAGCACUGUUGAUGUUAUGUCGGACAAAGUCCAAAAACAAAUGAAAGAUCUACAAGUCAGAAUGAACCAUAGAGGAUUACCACAGGUCGUCUUCUUGACCAAACUAGACAAAAUAUGCCCAGAUGUACAUAUCGACGUCAAAAACACGUUCACGAGUAUCGCUGUCUGUGACGCCGUGGAGAAAGUAGCAGACGUAAUGGGUCUUCCACGUGCUCACGUGCUUCCGGUGAAAAAUUACGAGAGCGAAACUAGGCUGAAGACUACAGUGGACAUUUUGUUAAUGGAAGCUCUGCAGCGAUGCCUGGACUUUGCCGAUGAUUACAUGGAUGAACAACUUGACAAAAUGACAGCGGAAGGAAAGAAUGUUCGAGCCGAAGAUUAACUUGAUUCGUUUGUCUGGCAAGUGUAGUCGAAAUCAUGUGAUUGUACAUUUAGUGCGACUUGUUUUUGAGGAGGCGUAUAAGACAAUUUACUGAUUUUGUUAUUGUUUUUAUUGAUAUCUACAGCUCUGUAAAAAAAACCCAGUAUAUUCAUUACAUUGUCGUUUAAUAACGUCAAUGCUAUAGAGUCACUGGCCAGAAAAAUCUUCUUCUUUUGUGGUCUUGUAUUGAUUUUUGCUGAUAAAAUUUUGAAAUGUU